GUUGUUGACAGGAAGUGCUUGGCAUAAUUGACGUGGUUCUCGUUAUUGUCGCUUACGACGACAUGGGAGAACCUCUGGGCGAGUUUCACGGAGACUUGGCCCGGUCCAGCGCCGACAUCGUGGGCGACGGAGAAGUAGGGUGGAUUAGAGUGUGAGUGUGAGACAUGGUAGUUGUAGAUCAGGUUGUAAAAUGCAUCUGUGUAUUUGGGGCGUGUGGCGAGGUAGCCUUUCCAGUAGUGGGAUACAUCGUCUUGGGUCAGUUUCCAUACAUUGGCGGAAUCGUCAUCCUUGUUGAGAUGGAUUGUUGCUGUGCUGAACUGUCUGGUAAUAUGGGAUAGAGCUGAUAAGCGGC